CAUGUACCAGCCAAUGCCAAAAUCUACCAGCAUUUGGCUGGUGUUAAUUUCCCACCCUGCUGAAUAUGGGUCAGAAUUAUGAAGCCACCAGAAUGUUCAGCAAUGCCUUAAGGGUGGACCCCACCUACAUCAGAGGAUACAUCUGCCGGGCCCAAGCCUAUCGCAAUGUCAAUGAUCUGAAGAGAGCAAAUCUUACAUGGGCCACUCACAUGAAGCCAGGUGCACAACACUUCUAUAUCAUGAGAGGACAGUAUCUGUGUGACAUGGAACAGUUUGACCUGACCAGAUUCUGUAUCAAAUACGCUGCUGAGAUGAACAAAGCUCUAGGGUCAUGUCCUAUCCAGCAGGCUGCAGUCCAGUCUUUCCUGGGGAAUGAUGCCAAAGCCAUUGCCUGUCUAGAGGCAGCCACCAACAACCGACCCUCACCUCCCAUCCUCAUUCUGCUGGGCAAGACCCAGAUGAAGGCAAGCAAGUUCAUGGAUUUCAAAGUUGCCUCCUUGAGAAGUCACCAUCUACGAUGCCCUAGGAGUCUACCAUCACAGUGUGCAUACGUGUGUGUCUGCGUGCAUGCCGGCAUGUGCGUGUGGGACGGGUGUGUGUCCUCCAGGCUGGGUCAGCUCCAGAAGCCAGUAGAAGCCUACCGCCAGGCCAUGCAGCUUCCUAGAUGCCUAUGUGGGACGGGGCAACACCUGCAUGGACUACGGCCACGCGCAGGCUACCAAACGGGCUCAGAGAGACUUCCUGUCUGUCCUGCACCGAAACCCUGUCUGCUCCAACGCACACAUCCAUCUGCCCUCCCGGUUCAACCCCAACCCUUAAUUUUGACUCAAGCACAACCCAGAAUCCUGACCCUCAACUACCUGGUAUACACAGCUCUGCAAACAUGUUAUUCAGAUUAGAAUCUACUUGGAGAACAGAGGAUGGUCCUCUUAUGCUUCUACUGGGUCUUUCCUGUGAUGCUAAUAGGGAACUGAAAUUAUUUUUAUCAAUGUCCUUCAAAACCAAGUGUAUUGUGUAAUGUGUGUAUCCUCACUUAUGAGUCAUCUACUGCAGCUACAUUGUGAAUUAAUUAAUUAGUUAAUUGUCAUAUUGUUGAGCAUUGAAGAGCAGACCACUUCUGGCUCUUGUGCUGUUCUUGAUAGGGCAACGAGGGGGUGGAUUGACAUUAAUUCAACCUGGUCAGACAUAUUUAUGUGAAUAAAAUAGUCUCCACAUUGUAUCCAUUAUCUUUUUUGUACUCAGGCUUGUAUUCACUCCCAUCCUGUUGCUAAGAUAUGUAUUUGCUGCAUUUAGGUAAAAACGAAACCAGGCAACUUUCUAUUUAAAACAUCCAGGAAUUGGUAGGGGGGGCAGUCACCAGUGCUGAGCU